UUCGCACGAAGCAUCACCUUCGCCGAGCCAAGCCCACCAAACCAGCUGUAACCCUCUUGGCGAAUUCUGUAGAUGCAGUUUUUUUUCGCCAAGGCGGCUUCGCCCCAACGGUAACAUCGAACUACUGUAGGAGGUUCAAUAUUUUCCCGCCAUUUCUCAAAUUUCUCAGCAGCAUACCCGUGAUUAUCUAAGGUUAGUCAACUCCUCAUCCGCUAAUUCUUGCCUUCGUCGUCGUCCUUGAGGAGCGAAGCCUUCGACUUUAGGAACGAGCUCGUGGGUUAUAAUUUGGGGUGUUCUCGUUCGUCGCUUGUUCUGGGGCUGCAAGGCGAUAACAGAAAUGCAGUCUCUGGACGAUGGAGAUGAUUUCCGGCUGCCGAUCGACCAUCGGAUCACGGAGAAUCUGGACCGCGAAGGGCUGGAGAUGGCGUCGCUUGACAAGCCGAUCGCGUGCAGCAACGUGGGCUUCCAGCUGCUGCUGAAGAUGGGAUGGCGGGGGAAGGGGCUGGGGCGGAACGAGCAAGGCAUAGUGGACCCAGUCCGAACCGAGAUGAGGGAUGCACGACUAGGGCUGGGGAAGCAGGAGGAGGAGGAGUGGUACACCGCAGAGGAGAACGUGCAGCGGAGGAAGCUGGAGGUGGAGGUGGAGGAGACGGAGGAGAUGGCGAAGAAACGAGAGGUAGGAGAAGCAAAGGGAAUGGUUAAGAAGAGGGAGGUAGGAGAAGCAAAGGGAAUGGUUAAGAAGAGGGAGGUAGGAGAAGCAAAGGGAAUGGUUAAGAAGAGGGAGGUAGGAGAAGCAAAGGGAAUGGUUAAGAAGAGGGAGGUAAGAGAAGCAAAGGGAAUGGUUAAGAAGAGGGAGGUAGGAGAAGCAAAGGGAAUGGUUAAGAAGAGGGAGGUAGGAGAAGCAAAGGGAAUGGUUAAGAAGAGGGAGGUAAGAGAAGCAAAGGGAAUGGUUAAGAAGAGGGAGGUAAGAGAAGCAAAGGGAAUGGUUAAGAAGAGGGAGGUAAGAGAAGCAAAGGGAAUGGUUAAGAAGAGGGAGGUAAGAGAAGCAAAGGGAAUGGUUAAGAAGAGGGAGGUGAGAGAAGCAAAGGGAAUGGUUAAGAAGAGGGAGAGGGAGGUAGGAGAAGCAAAGGGAAUGGUUAAGAAGAGGGAGGUAAGAGAAGCAAAGGGAAUGGUUAAGAAGAGGGAGGUAGGAGAAGCAAAGGGAAUGGUUAAGAAGAGGGAGGUAGGAGAAGCAAAGGGAAUGGUUAAGAAGAGGGAGGUAGGAGAAGCAAAGGGAAUGGUUAAGAAGAGGGAGGUAGGAGAAGCAAAGGGAAUGGUUAAGAAGAGGGAGGUAAGAGAAGCAAAGGGAAUGGUUAAGAAGAGGGAGGUAGGAGAAGCAAAGGGAAUGGUUAAGAAGAGGGAGGUAGGAGAAGCAAAGGGAAUGGUUAAGAAGAGGGAGGUAGGAGAAGCAAAGGGAAUGGUUAAGAAGAGGGAGGUAGGAGAAGCAAAGGGAAUGGUUAAGAAGAGGGAGGUAAGAGAAGCAAAGGGAAUGGUUAAGAAGAGGGAGGUAGGAGAAGCAAAGGGAAUGGUUAAGAAGAGGGAGGAGGAGGCGGAGCGGGUGGAGAGGAUACGUGCCGACGUGAAGGAGAUUCAGAAGGUGUUUCUGUGCGAGCUGUGCAAUAAGCAGUACAAGCUGGCCAGUGAGAUGGAGACGCACCUCAGCUCCUACGACCACAACCACAAAAAGCGGUUUCAAGACACCAAGAAGAUGCAGCAGCUGGGGGUGCGAGACGAGAGGCAGCGGAGAGAGCAGCUGAGGGAGGAAAGGGAGAUGGCACGAUACGCCAAGCUUGUGGAGGCUCAGAAGCAGCAGCAGGGGAAUUCAGGAUUGGCACCAGCAGCACCAGCACCAGCAGCAGCAGCACCAGCAGCAGCAGCAGCCAUAGAAGCAGCAGCAUCAGCUGCAGCAGCGCCACAACCAGCAGCAGCAGCUACUUCAGCAAUCUCCACAGAUCGAUCUGCACUCAAGUUUGGGCUCUCGAUGAAGAGUAAACCGGGGGCUGCUAAAAAGGGAUUUUUUGGGAAGUCAAAACCCGUUGCUCCACCAAAGAAGCUCGCCUCUGUGUUUGGCGCUGAGGAGGAUGAAGAGGAAGCAAGCUAGAAUCUGAUUUGUUCUGCAUGAUGUAUGACCCGCUCUGCGUUUUGGCACUCCUAGCUAAGAAGGUGCUAAUGUACCUACCUACAUGCCGUAGUAGCAAAUUUGAGUGCGCAUUCUUUUGCACGUUGAUGCAAUCUCACAAACUGCCAUUCUAGGCCAUGGCAUAGGGCUCAGGGCAUCAUCCCAUCCUUCUACGUAAUCAAUUCCGUGUGAAUUUCCCUGCUAGUAUUUUCCCCCGCGUCUCGCCAU